AUAUGACGUCAUUUUCAAAACUCAUAGUGACGACAUUCCCAUCAUAUGAUCAUAGAUUAUUUUUCAGACGCUCCAAAGCCUCCCUCUGUGUCAGUGAGUCCCUCUGGUGAGAUCAUGGAGGGCAGCUCAGUGACUCUGACCUGCAGCAGUGAUGCUAACCCAGCAGCUAACUACACCUGGUACAAGGAGGACGAGGACUCACCAACAGCAUCAGGACAAAUCUUCACCAUCACUCAUAUCACAGCUGAACAUGGUGGAAAGUAUCAGUGUGAGGCCCAGAACACACACGGACGUAGUAACACCACCUUACAUCUGACUGUUGGAGCAGGUGCUUGGAAAUCAGCAGUGACUGGAACAACCACAGCUCUUCUCCUGGUGGUCAUCCUCCUCGCUGUCUUCCUGUGGAUCAGAAGAAACAAGUCCUUCACACAACAGCGUGAGUGCAGUGAGAGACCAGAAGACAGAGCGGAGAUUUCAGCUGCGGCACACACACGACCAGCAGAGCAGCACCAUGAGGUCCACUACGCCAGCGUCUGCUUCACCCAGAACCGGGCAGAUGACCUCUACGCCAACAUAGGUCGAGUUCAACCCCAGAGAGAAACUGAGGAAGAGGAGGAGGAGGCUGAAUACAGCGCUGUUCGAUUUGACAGUGCAACAGGAACAAGACGUGAAGAAGAGGAGGAUGAUUCAUCUGCAGUGUACAGCACAGUCACCAAACACUGAAGAGACACAACGUGAAUCUGUUGUUUAUAUGUGGAUUU